GAAACGGGUGUUCGGAUCAGACCACAGACUCUCUCACACACACACUCACACACACAGCAGCAGCAUCAGAUUUAAGACGACCACAGAUGAAUAUGGGAGUGUCCAGAUUCCUGCUCGGCCUCGCCCACCUGUCCAGCCUAUUGGCAUCUGUGGUGAUGAGUCACGAGGGGGCGUGUCUUCGGGACGGCCGCCACAAAGCCACGCCCACUCCAGAGCGUCAUCUGCAGGAGUGUUCGCUCUACACUGAGAACUCGUGUUGCUCUGAGAAGCAUAUCCAGGAUCUGUCCGUCCCUGUGUCCACGGUGGAAAACACUCACUGGGAUAAAUGUGGUGUCCUCAGUCCUCUCUGCGAAUCCUUCCUGAAGCGCGUGGUCUGCUUUUACCGCUGUUCUCCUGAUGCUGCUCGUUGGCCACACCCACAUCAUGGCUCCUCCCUGAAGGCGGUGCCUCUGUGCCACAGCUUCUGCAGAGACUGGUUUGAGGCCUGUAAGAUGGACAUGACGUGUGCUCGUGACUGGACCACUGACCCGCGCGGACAGAACUGCACUGGCGCAUGUGUGCCGUACCAACAGAUGUAUCAGCAUGGGCGGGAUCUCUGCGAGAGUCUUUGGGGCGACGCGUUCAUGACUGUUGAAGACGACCCCGGGGAGGAGGAUGGAGUGGAGGGCUCCAGCUGCGGCUGUCUGACGCUCAGCCCUUCAGAUCGAGAGGUGAUCGCGGCCCUGAGGGUUCAAGAAGGAGACCCUGAGGAGCUGGACACCACUAAAAGUGGUCUGCCGCAGUACAGGGCGCCGUGUCCUCCAGCGCAGCCUCAGACACGCAGCGCCACAGCCCCACCGCAGGCCCGGAGGAGCAGUGCCAACAGCGGACUGCGCAAACGCUCCGUCCUCACCAGUGAUAUGGAGGGAAGUGGAAGCGGAUUUUAGAUUAUUAUCUGUGCUUUAGAUCUGCUGAAUGUUUCUUCACCCUUGUGUACUGUUCAAGUUGAUUACCCUUUCAUUGUGUUGGGGGCUGUUUUUGCCCCAUUGACUUCCAUUAUAAUUACAUUUUUAAUUGCAAAUCCAUGAAAGCAAAUAAUCAUGCAGAUUUUGGAUUGUUGGUGUUUUUCCCUGUUGGGAAGAGGUCAAAUGGGUCAUUUUUACAGUUGAUCAUCACUUGGCAGCAUUAGCCCUUUAAUCAGGCCUGUGCAAACAGGUUUUUGGCUUUUAUAUGGAGUUCUGUGAAGUAAAACAGCAGAUUAUAGUGUGUGUCCAUAAAUACACUUACUAUAUUCUGAGAGCUGAGCUGCUUAUUUUUGAUUUCAUCAAACAUAUCAAGGUCAGCGCACAAAGGUCUCGUACACUCACAUACACACUAUAUUGCAUAUACCCAUAUCAUUUUAACCCAGAAACUAAGCUUUUUUUGCACUGCAACUGAUGAUCAACCAUAAAAAUGUAAAUUUGACCUCUUCCCAACAGGGAAAACCAGCAAAAAUUAAGUAUACAUGAUUAUAUGCUGUCAUGGCUUUGCAAUCAAAAAAUGUGAGUGUAAUGGAAGUCAAUGGGGCAAAAACAGUCCCCAACAUAACGAAAGGGUAGUCAGUUUGAACAGAGUGUAUUGUUGAGCUUUUUUAAGUUUUCAAAGCAUUUCCCUAGACAAAAUAAGAUGUCUAAAUAAGAUUUGUCACCAAAAGUGAAUCCAUUUGCUGAAACAGAGAAAGUUGUGGCCAAAUUAAGAUUCAAAAUGACCCCAUAGUGAAUGAAAACAUCCCCAACAGCACACAAGGGUUAAGAAGUAUUUUAUUUCUAUGUUUUAUUAUAUCAGCUGAAUUCAAGGUAAACUACAGUACGGUACCUCUCUCUGCUCUGUCGACUUCUGAUGUUGAAAAUUCAACUCUACAGUUUAACAAAGUGACUUUUAUUGACAUUUUAGUGCUUUGAAAUAAUAAUAUAAUGUAUAAGAAAUAAUAUCUAGAGAAAUAAGUCUGUAAAAUAACAGAAAAUGCACUGGCGGUUCAUUGCAAGGUGUUUGUAGCGUAAUAUACAACACCAACCCACACAAUAUAUCACUGCAAACUAUUAAAAAUGAUCAUAAAAGUCACUUUUUUGUUGCUUUUUAAGGUUAAAAACUGUUGGAAGAAAGGUAAAAGGUUCCAUAAAGCAAUUCAAAAGCGUAAAUAAAUGGAGGAAAGUUAAAAACAUGAAUCACAAACUGCUAAUUUACAGAUAUUUUUUACAGUGCAGCUGCUACUCUGCUUAUUUUAGCUAUUUAAAGGGAUAGUUCACCCCAAACUGUCAUCAUUUAUUCACCCUUCACUUGUCACAAACCUGUUUGACUUUCUUUCUUCAGUUGAACACACAAGAAGAUAAAAUACAGAAACCUGUAUCCAUUGACUUCCAUGUUAUUUGUUUUUCUUACUAUGUAAGUCAGUGGUUUGAGGUUUCUAACAUUUUCAAAAUGUCUUCUUUUGUGUUCAACAGAUGAAAGAAUUUCAUGAAGGUUUAAAACUGCAAAAAAGAGAGAAAAUAGUGAGAAAACUUUCAUUUUUGAGUGAACUGUUGCAUUAAGGUCUGAAUUCAAUUCAAUUCAAUGUAAAUUGUGUCAAAGCAGCUUCACAUAGACGAUUGCAGUGAAUUGAAACAGUGUCAGUUCAGUUUUCAGAGUUGAAGUUCAGUUCAGGUCAGUGUGGUUUAAUAUUCACUGCUGAGAGUCCAAACACUGAAGAGUAAUCCAUCGAUGCACAGCUCUACAAGUCCCAACUCUCACUGAAUAUUUGGUAACACUUUACAAUGCUACUCUAAGUAGACUAAACUAGUUACUGUGCAUUCGAAAUCACAUCCUCUAAAUUAUACACUUUUAUAAAUAGCAGUAUUCUGGUAUUUUGUGAUUCAUGUUUUAUUUUUCAUUGAUUUACUUAUGUUUCUGUAUUGCAGUGUGGGACCUUGAUGUUGACCAACAACUUUUGAUGUUGAAAAAAUGACGUUUAUUAACAUUUUUGUUAGUUUGAAGUGAUAUAUAGUCUGAAUUGGGGUUGUAAACGAUGGAUCAAAAACCUGGCAAUAAACUGCCAGUACUUUUCUGUCAUGUUGCCGACUUAAUUCUUUAUAUAUUAUUUCUUAUAGAGCUUCAAACUACUAAAAUGUCAGUAAAAGUCACUUUGUUAAGGCUGAUUUAUACUUAUGUAUGUUCUGGUGCAGCCUUCACGUGGUCGUAUAUCCCUCUCCAUGACCGAAGUCGUCGCUAACGCGUACCUCUAAAAAAUUUAACUACACAUCGCAACAACGCGUAGCGCAAGCUCUGUGAUUGGUCGGCUUGGUAGCUGUGACCAAUGUGGGAGCCGAGCAAACCCGUUGUAGCGAGUGUUUACAAGUGUCGAGUCCCAUGAAGGAGCACCAACUGUUUUAUGUUUACCGUAUGAUUAACAUUGUUGCACGUCCGCUGAUUCCCACCUCUGAAUGGAGGAGUUGUAGCUACUUGCACUUUAAGGUAGCGUUCAGAAAAAAAACAAAACACCAGAAAAGAAACUUGACAUAGAGCCAGCUAGCGUUUUGAAAGUGUUAUUGCGGAGCAACACAAACAUCACGCAGAAGUUUAAAUGCACGACUACAGGCAGGCGCCGUGGGUCACGCCGAUCACUCGAUGCAGAAGUAUAAACCAGCUUUUAAUUAAAUUUUCAAGUGGAGAUCAAUCUAAUUUAUGACCAUAAAUAAACAGAAAACACCAGUGAAUCACAAAUUCAUAUGAAAUAAUGUUAGGAAAAUGUAGAAGCAGCAAAUAUUUGUGAGCAAAAUCAUUUCAAUAUGAGUAGUACACGUGUCGCCGAAUGUCACGUGACUGGGGAAGAUUCGCACGCGCAAAUUUAGCGUCUUAACGGCAAAGUGUAAACGGAUAUUCAGUUUCACUUAGAAAUGCCUCACAUUUUGUCAACAAUGAUUGCAAAUAUAUAUAUAAUGGUGUUUUUAUGGUGGCCCACUGCACUACACACCGUCACAUUUAAUGUGUUAGUAUGGAUUUACUUUUGGUCUUGAUUUAAACAUUGCUCUUAUCACUUUGUAGGAUUUCAUAACAAUCACAACAUAUGAUGAUAUGAAUACCUCGUACAUUGUAAUGUAACAUAAUCGCGCACAGUCUUUAUAUUUCACACCAUCGUGUGUUUGUAGUUGACGUCUCCAACAAAAACGUAGCCCUAUAUACGUUUCUGUAGAGCACGAAUUAUGUAGCUAGAGCUACGUAUGGCUGCAGAUCAUCUUAAAAAUUAAUUCGCACUUACCAGCUGACCGUUUACCUCCAUAUGAACAGCUUCUCCACUGUUACCAGUUUGUCCGGUAGCUCAACAUGUACGUUGGUGGACUUGAGGCGCAAAGAGGAGUUGACUGCAUUGACGGGGGUUCGAGUCUGGUGAAUAACGAAUCCAGAAACCAGCUAAGACAAAAACAGAAGCCAAAAACUAAAACAAACGAAUAAAUAACAGGGUGAGAAUGUGGUCAAAUCUGAAAACGUGGUAAAGAUCAGGUGAGGGCUUUUCUUUUUCUGGAUUAGUUUUGAAAACACUGUCAGGUGGGUUUAGGGAAGUGGGUGGGCAGGUCAAUCGGUGCUUUUGAUCACACUAUUGGUUGUGUUUAGGGAAGGAGGAGAGUGCGUCAGACGAUCAAUCAGUCAGUCAGUCGACAGCGGCCUCUGGUGGACUUACGCGAGAACAGCAGGCGCGAAUAGCACAUGCGAGAGAAAUUUGAGAUCUGAAAAGGUGUACACAGCAGCCUCUGGUGGAUUUACGCAUGAACAGCAGAAACGAAUGGAACAUGCGAGAGAAAUUUGAGAUCUGAAAAGGUGUACACAGCGGCCCCUGGUGGAUUUACUCAUGAACAGCAGAAACGAAUGGAACAUGCAAGAGAAAUUUGAGAUCUCAAAUGCGCACACACCGCCCUCUGGUGGAUUUGCGAAAACAAAAACUGCAACAACAAAAAAAAACGUAGUUCCUGGGACGUAUUUGGCGCUCUCCAGAAAUGUCUACAGGGGUACGUUUUCAGUAUGAGCCUGGGUUGGACGUCUCUGUGUUAUUUAAAUGUUCAGAGUAAAUGACUUUAUUAGCGAAAACAGAAAAAUAAUCGUGUAUACACCGACACAAAAACAUGAUGUAAAGAGAUUCCUGUAAAAUCUGUUUUGAAUGAGUCCACUGGAGUUAACGUGAGUGUUUUGUUUUGUAGGCUUGUAAAUGGACGUAAAUUGAUUUGAUGUUUCACUAUUUUGUGGCGGCAGUGAGUAAUGAAAUGUGUUUCUUAAUCUGUACGUCUUUAAUUCGUAAAUAAAUAAAAGCGGAAUUU